CUUCACAUUGAAGAUAAUACUCCAACUAGACAGUUCUUCUUGAGAAUGAACAGAAAUUUAAGGAUUUCUUAGUAUAUUUAAGUAUCUAAAUCACGCAAUGGAGCAGAGAAAGUGGAAAUGGACAGAUGCUCACUUCUGCAGCAUUCCCUCGCAAACAACUAUCUAUGGUUGUACAAAGAUCACAAAUAAUGGCACAAACAAACUUCUGGUUGCUUCCUUGGAUGGCAGGUUUUUCACAAUGGAGUACCAACGAAUUUUUGAUAAGUUAACACCCUCAUCAAAACAGAUCCAGUUCACAUACAUUCCAGGUGAAGCAGAAAUAGUUUCAGUUGAUGCCAUAAACAAGUGUCUACAUGGUGAUGGAUUAAUUAUCGGAAUAACAUUUUGGAAGACUGAGGAGAAUGAGUGGAAGCAGUUUCUGCACCUGUACUCUGCCACCCAGCCUGGAGAUGAGUUUUGUCUCGAGAGUGUUGCACAGGGUUGUCAAAGCUUAGAGCUGAACUUCAUGCCAUUUCAUCUGACACAUUCAGAAAUUAUAGUGGAUGGUAUGUUGGAGACAGUUUUCCUGCUCAGUGGCAGUGACUGCAGGGUACAUCUCUACAGGGAGGUUAACAACCAGCACAGAUUCCAGGAGGCAGACAGUGAUCAUCUGUUCCCUGAACUGAAGGAUCUGCCAUCUGUGGUGAUGUGGCUGGACAUACAUUACUAUGACGACAACAAGCGUCGAAUCACGGUGACUGGACACCAAGACGGGCUCUUGAAUGUCUCAUUUGUCAAUGUGCAGACACGAGAGGUAGACCAUCAGUACAAGGUGGAGUUUGACAACCCUGUCACAUACGUGGUCACAUUUUCCCUCACCAACACUGUACCCAGGCCUUCCUUCCUGCCCGGUGAAACCAGUACUUAUGAUCACAUCCCGAAGCAUAAACCGUCUGUUCCUGAAUUGAACAUCCUGAUCCUCAGUGCUCUCAUCCCGGCCACCAUCUACAGGGAUGUGUUGCGGCAUGGAUUACGAGACCCUAUCUUCCUGCCAGACAGCAACAAGUUUGAUGCACUGCUUACAGGCUGUAUCAUUGACAUUGACUUUGAUGGGGAAAAUGAGAUUCUAGUCGGAACAUAUGGCCAGAAAGUGCUUGCCUAUAAGAUGAAUUCUUCCCGAAUACCGAGGCUUCACAAGUCUUCCUCCACCCCAGACACUGACCUUGACUUUGUUAACUCAGCGAUGGCGGAAAUGUCAACCUCGCUGUCUAAAAAUAGACACCACUCCAGUGAGGAGGAGUACGGGACUUAUUUAAACAGUGAUAGCAUAGCUAGGCGAGUGAGAUCACAAGAAAACCUAUCUGCGUCACUUACCUCAGAUGCAGACUAUUCUCCACUGUCCACCUCUAAAGACACAGUGAUUGCUUCAAAGUUAUCUACGAGUCCUUUGAAAAGUUUGAGGCAGUCACCCUCCAGGGACGUAUUGGGAGAAAGUUCAUGCAGGUUGCUAUGGCAACGUGGAUUUCCAUGCCCAGUUAUGGGGAUCAACAAGAUGGAUAUAAUGGGAGAUGGGAUGGAGGACUUGGUCAUUGUAACUCUGAAAGGGCUUCAUAUACUCCAGCCGGACCUUACAGAAGUGUCCUCAGUUGUGCUAGAGAGACUCCGGAUCUUAGCCUCGGAAUUUGGUUUGAACACAAAGUUUGACAGCGACAAUGCUCAUAGGACUAGUCUAGAUGAUGGUCAUGUGAUGACUGAUACUGAUGGACACUCUGAUGAUGACGAUGAUGAUGAUGAUGACGACACAUUAAAAGAUUCUACUGUUGCUAAGGAAGAUGGUCAUGAAAUGUCAGGAAGUGAACAUGUGACAUCAAAUGUUGAUCAAUUGAUUGAAAAGGAAGCGGAAAACCAUGGAACUGAUGGGAACUAAAUAAUGGAAGUUUUGCUUUUAAUCAUGAGAUAAUAUAUAUGGGUUUAAUGAACUUUUAUGGGGGUAUUUUGCAAAUAAAAGAGUAUACCGGUAGUUAUAAUAUUUCAUGACCAUAAUGUCGGCAAAGGUGUCUUCAUUGUGGUACGCGAAAAACUAUCGAAGAUACCAUCACAGAUGUUGAUACGCAACUUGAACAGCAUGUUCACAAUCACAAUAAGGGUUUAUGUACAGCAGAUCUCAUCACUCGAGUGUUUUGUUAUGCCCCUUGACUGCCUAAAAAAUAUGUACACAUACAUGGAUAUGUGUUUGCCCCUUGACUGCCUGAGAAAUAAGGACAUGUGUUUGCCACUUGACUGCAUGAGAAAUAAGGACAUGUGUUUGCCCCUUGAUUGCCUGAGAAAUGAGGAUGUGUGCUUUCCUCUUGACUGCCUGAGAAACAAGGAUGUGUGUUUUGCUCUUGACUGCGUGAGAGAUAAAGAUGUGUGUUUUGCCCUUGACUGCCUGAGAAAUAAAGAUGUGUGUUUUCCUCUUGACUGCCUGAGAAAUAAAGACAUGUGUUUUCCCUUUGUCUGCUUAAGAAAUAAGUACUUGUCUAGUCCCUUGACUACCUGAGAAAUAAGGACAUGUUUACCACUUUACUGCCUUAAAAAUAAGGACUUCUGUUUGUCCCUUGACUGCCUGUGUAAUAAAUACAUGUGUUUGCCCCUUGACCGCCUGAGAAAUAAGGACAUGUGUUUGCUCCUUGACUGCCUGAGAAAAUAAGGAUGUCUGCUUUCCUCUUGACUGCCUGAGAAACAAGGAUGAGUGUUUUGCCCUUGACUGCCUGAGAAAUAAGGAUGUGUGUUUUCCUCUUGACUGCCUGAGAAAUAAAGAUGUGUGUUUGCCCCUUGACAGCCUGAGAAAUAAAGAUGUGUGUUUUCCUCUUGACUGCCUGAGAAAUAAAGAUGUGUGUUUUCCUCUUGACUGCCUGAAAAAUAAAGAUGUGUGUUUGCCUCUUGACAGCCUGAGAAAUAAGGACAUGUGUUUGCCCCUUGACUGCCUUUUAAAUAAAUACAUGUGUUUGCCCCUUGACUACCUGAGAAAUAAGGACAUGUGUUUGCCCCUUGACUGCCUGAAAAAUAAGGAUGUAUGUUUGUCCCUUGACUGCCUAAGAAAUAAAGAUGUGUGUUUGUCCCUUGACUGCCUGAGAAAUAAUGAUGUGUGCUUGUUCCUUGACUGCCUGAGAAACAAGGAUGUGUGCUGUUUUCCCCUUGACUGCCUGAGAAAUAAGGACAUGUGUUUGUCCCUUGACUGCCUGAGAAAUAAGGACAUGUGUUUGUCCCUUGACUGCCUGAGAAAUAAGGACAUGUGUUUGCCCCUUAACUGCCUGAGAAAUAAGGACUUGUGUUUGUCCCUUGACUGCCUGAGAAAUAAGGACAUGUGUUUGCCCCUUAACUGCCUGAGAAAUAAGGACAUGUGUUUUUCCCUUGACUGCCUGAGAAAUAAGGAUGUGUGUUUGCCCCUUAUUUGCCUGAGAAAUAAGGAUGUGUGUUUGCCCGUUGACUGCUUGCGAAAUAAGGACAUGUGUUUGCCCCUUGACUGCAUGAGAAACAAGGAUAUGUGUUUGCCCCUUGACUGCCUGAGAAAUGAAGAUGUGUGUUUUGCUCUUGACUGCCUGAGAAAUAAGGACAUUUGUUUACCCUUUGUCUGCUUAAGAAAUAAGUACUUGUGUUUGUCCCUUGACUACCUUAGAAAUAAAAACAUAUUUACAACUUUGCUGCCUUAAAAAUAAGGACUUCUGUUCGCCCCUUGACUGCCUGUGAAAUAAAUAUGUGUGUUUGCCCUUGACUACCUGAGAAAUAAGGACAUGUGUUUACCCCUUGACAUCCUGAAAAAUGAAGACAUGUUUUACCCUUGACUGGCUGUGAAAUAAAUAUGUUUGUGUGCCCCUUGAUUACCUGAGAAAUAAGGGCAUAUUUUUACCCCUUGACUGCCUGAAAAAUAAGGACAUGUGUUUGUCCCUUGACUGCCUGAGAAAUAAGGUUGUGUGUUUGUCCCUUGACUGCCUGAAAAUUAGGACUUGUGUUUGCCCUUUGUUUACCUGAGAAACAAUGAUGUGUGUUUGUCCCUUGACUGCCUGAGGAAUAAGGAUGUGUGUUUGCCCCUUGACUGCCUGAGAAAUAUGGAUGUGUUUUUGCCCCAUGACUGCCUGAGAAAUAAAGAUGUGUGUUUGCCCCUUGACUGCAUGAGAAAUAAGGACGUGUGUUUGCCUCUUGACUGCAUGAGCAAUAAGGGCAUGUGUUUGGCCCUUGACUGCAUGAGAAAAAAGGACAUGUGAUUGCCCCUUGACUGCCUGAGGAAUAAGGAUGUGUGUUUGCCCCUUGACUGCCUGAGAAACAAUGAUGUGUGUUUGCCCCUUGACUGCCUGAGAAAUAAGGACGUACGUUUACCCUUUGACUGGCUGAGAAAUAAGGAUGUGAGUUUACCCCUUGACUGUCUGAAAAAUAAGGAUGUGUGUUUGCCUCUUGACUGCCUGAGAAACAGUGAUGUGUGUUUGCCCCUUGACUGCCUGAGAAAUAAGGAUGUGUGUUUACCCUUUGACUGGCUGAGAAAUAAGGAUUUGAGUUUACCCCUUGACUGCCUGAGAAAUAAGGAUGUGUGUUUGCCCCUUGACUGCCUGAGAAAUAAGGAUGUGUGUUUGUCCCUUGACGGCCUGAGUUAAAUUACUUCCAAUGU